AUGGACUUCCUCCCCAUCGAACUAGUCCGACUCGUCUUUGACAACUGCGAUCCCCCCAGCAUCAGAGCUCUCCGCCUCGCGUCGGGCAGGUUUGCUGACGUGGGUUAUGAAUACCUUCUCCAACCGCACUUCAACGCGGUCGAGUGGAGAGAUGACAUCAAACGGCUGCGCUCCAUCGCCGGCCACGACCGUCUGAGAGGCAGCAUCCGCUCCAUCACCUUCAACUUCUCAAAGGUUGACGAAUAUAAUGCUCGCCAUACCACCUUCUUCCAGCACUGGCUCCAGGAGCCCGAGGAGCGCAGCUCACUUCUCCAGGAUGCCUGGCUCAGGUACUACGAAUUGGAGGAGAAAACCCGCAGGCUGCCGCCAUUCCACUCCCGAUCUGCUCUGGUCGAGGAGUCGUUCAAACGGCUGCCCAACCUGAAGGACCUGGAAAUCACGCUUACAAAAUGUCCCUACGAUAUCGAGAUCCUCAAGGAGGUCUUUGAAGUCCGCAACUGCCGGAAGCGGGACCGGGACCAGGUGUGCAAGAAUAUGAACGCCAUCGUGUCGGCCAUCCGACACGUCCGACUGUCAUCGUUGUCAAUUGACCAGUUGCCGCUCGAGAUCUUCCGGCUGGCCGACGACAGGCGGCACUGGUUCGACUGUGCGCGGUCUUUCGCGAGCCUCUCGCGCCUGAACUUGGUGCUGGACCCUCCCCGAAAUCUCUUCCCGUCGGCUAGGUUCCGCUCCAUCAACGGCCUCGGCCACGUGCUUCAAUUCAGCGUCAACCUAACCCACCUGUCGCUCGCCUUUCACACGUACCACGCACCGCUCGAAAAGUUUCAGCUCUCGUUCAAGGAGCUCUUUUGCGGCGACUUCACAUACGAAAAGCUUACCGACCUGAAGCUCGAGGGAAUCAGCUGCGCCGAAGAGGAUCUGCGGUCGUUUCUGGUGGGGCACGGCAAGACGCUUGAGCGGCUGCGGCUCGGCGGGCGCGGGCUCGCCAAACCCUACGAGAUGAGCAUCGGGGGAGUGCACCUUCACAAGGGCUCGUUCCGCUCACUGUUCACCUCGUUGCACGGCAAGCUGCCCAAACUCAGCCGGUUUCACAUGGAAGGGGAUGCCGAAGCGGGCGAUUACAUGGCCGCCUCAAGAGAGGUUUAUCAUUUCCGGCCCGUUGCUGACGAUAAUUGGGCACCCAUCGCGGCGGCAGCGUCGCGGCGGCGGUCCGUGCCGGGGUCUCCAUGCGUCAAGACUGUCGAUUGCCUUGGGCUGGAGAGGUUUCUGGUCAAUGGGGGCAAGUACCCCGAGCUUGUCCCAGGGGAUGCUUAA